GUGUCUUGGUCGGGCAGAGGGCGAGAUCACGGCUGAUCACCCAUACUAAUAUAAUAGCCAGUUGCAGUGGCGAACGGCGAUGGGUGGAAGCAGUCACCUCUUGGCAAAGGUGGUGGCUGUACGCUGAGCCGACACCGAUCGCUUCUGCACAGCUAAGACCGUUCAGAAACCAACUGAAUCCGGUGAACCGAGCAUCCUGUCUUGUCCUCUGCGGUGCGCCGUGUCCCAACCGUGCCCUGUGAAAGGUCUAAAACGCAUCGAAUGCAUCGGUUCUGACAACAGUAAUCUUUUUAGAUUCUACGCGUGCGGCCUUCGGCGACGAUCCAGGCCGUCAUGACCUCCAUCCAAGUCUAAGCCACUUCAAUGUUCCGCCAUGGAACCCUUCCAAAGUGUCGCUUCCCGCGCCCUUCGUGUCUUGUUCAGCCUCGUCCAGCAACUUCGUGGGCCCCGUCUUCAAUUCACGGCUUGCAGAACUGCGUCCUGUCCUCUUGCACUCCCGACGUAGUCAUCUCCUCGUUCAUUGCCCAAACCACCGAGCACCAAAAUGCUGCGCCCGCUUCCUAUACCUCCGAGGUCAUGCAGCGCAGAUAUAGACCCACGGAAAUGCGAACCGGGAGCGUGCAUCGGCGCCUCCCGUCUAUCGCAUCCACAAGUACGGUCACCGACAGUCAUCCUCCUCGGCCGCGCCCUCUUCCACGACCGAACGCCGAGUCGUCGUGCGCGAAGCCCGCGUUGAGGCCUCUCCCGACGCCUGUGCUGUCGGACACUGCGUCUACGUGUUCCGGCAACUCACUCGCCCGCUCGGCUUCGCUGUACAGCGCGGCCUCCGCCUCGACCUCGUCAUUAGCCACCGACUCCUCAUCCUCCGACUCCUCAUCCCGUCCGAUGACGCCGUCGCAGAGUCCGGAGGCGGACGACGACGUCGAGGUUGUUCUUCCGGAUGACAUGGAGUGCCUCGGGGGCAGCGGACUGUUCAGUUACGGGAUGGGUACGUCCCGCGACGACGCCGAGAGUGGGCAGAGCCAAAGACUCAUGUUGGCGGCGGCACUCGCAAUCAGGGCGCACGAUAUCGUGGAACAGGAAAUAGUGUGGAAGGCGUUCGUGCUGAAGAAGGGCAACCUGCUCCCGGUAGAGUAGGUCUGCAUUCGGCGGAUCAUGAGUGCAUACUUAUCGCGGCUCACUAAAUCUUGAUGACCUAGGCUCAAGUUAAUCGAGACCCUGACGUCUGGCACGUUGGACCCGACAUUCGUUUCGAUCUCGCAACAAGAUACCUGUAGAUAUUUCAAUCUUCUCUUCAUAACCUUCUGCUGUAUUCGUAGAUUUUCGUUCUUGCCGGUUUAAAUGUAGCAUUCC